UCUGACUUUUUGAUGCUGACAGGGCGUAACUCCGAAAAAGAGGGAUGUUAACAAAGCAGCGGAAACAAAAAAGAAAUCAGCAGAGAAAAAGAGAAAGAGACAAAGGAUGAGAACAAAAUGUUGAGGAAAUAAAGACAAAAUUUCGACAUCUUUAUAGCUCCUCUGGAACAAAAUUUACUGAUUUUUAAUUAAUCUGCAAGACCCUUUUGUCCCAGGAAAGGGGGAAGAGAGCUUUGAUGCCGAGCUAAAAAAGUUGUCAUUUUUGUCUUUCAAUUUCCCUCCUGUCGAAGUCAUUAUACCCUACGAAUUAUAGUUCAAGGAAAAGGAACAAGAAGGCCUCAGAUUCAUUCCAAGUGGCCUGCAUUACAUGUGAUAAAUGCAAAUCUGUGAUGUGAUUUGGUGAAGGUUGAUUAAAGGAUUUUGAUACGGAAUCUUGUUUCAAGGCGUCAGUGUUGAUUGCACAUAUUCAAGAAUUGGAGUUUUUCUUGAAAGGUUGAAUAGGGAUUUCUUGGUUUCUUUGGAUUUUCCAAGAGUUGGUUUAGCCGCUCUAGAGCUGAAUGUUCAACGGUUUUGAGUCGUGAAUAGAGCUCUUGAGGCCUGUUUAAGCAAGUUUAGGGGCCUUUCUCUUUAAUAAGCAGGGAUUUCUGUUUGUUUGAAUGUUCUUCAGGGAUUUUAUGAUGGGGCAGAUGAAAAGAGAAUAGCUUUGUUGUGAGCUUGUGGUCUUAUAUGGGGGAGAGUAGGUGUAGGAGGAGGAGAUUGUUUUUAGGCUGUGGAGGUUCAAAUGGGUUUUGGGUUUUUCUUAGUGAUCGCAUUACAACUUGAAUGGCUGAUUUGCAGAGGCCUGCUCUAGCUGAGAGAGAUAUUGACCAGGCCAUCACAGCGCUCAAGAAGGGGGCUUUUCUGCUUAAGUAUGGGAGGAGGGGAAAGCCAAAGUUCUGCCCGUUUCGACUAUCAACUGAUGAGUCUGCCUUAAUAUGGUACUAUGGCAAAGAAGAGAAACAGCUUGAACUGCGACAGGUUUCAAGGAUUAUUCCUGGACAGCGUACUGCAAUAUUUCAGCGGUACCCUCGACCAGAGAAGGAAUAUCAAUCGUUUUCUCUUAUAUAUAAUGAUAGAUCCUUGGAUGUGAUAUGUAAAGAUAAGGAUGAAGCUGAGGUUUGGUUUUUCGGUCUUAAAGCACUUGUUGCUCAUGGCAGCUACCACAAGGCAAGGAUUGACACAAAGGCUGAAACAUCCUCGUGUGACAGUCCACGUUCUCGAAGAACCUCUCCACCAAGUUUACCCUUUGAUCAUGGAGACACUCCAAGAGCUGAAAGUAUUCCACAAAGCAGAUUGGGAAAAGCUUUUGCUGACGUUGUCUCAUAUACAGCAACAUCAAAAAAUUCUUUUCUGGCUGAAAUAAAUACCAGCACUGCCAGCUCUCUUAUACCUGGGGCCGCAGACAACUCAAAUAGCCGAAUUUCUACAGCUGACACAGUUCGAAUUAGUUUAUCCAGUGCUGUAAGUUCAUCAAGCCAGGGAUCAUGUCACGAGGAUUUUGAGUGUCUUGGUGAUGUUUUUAUUUGGGGAGAAGGAACUGGUGAAGGGGUAUUGGGUGGUGGUGAACUUAAAGUAGGUGCGUCAUCUGGAAGUAGAACUGAUGCUAAUUUGCCCAAGGCAUUGGAGUCAACAGUGGUGCUUGAUGUCCAUAGUAUUUCCUGUGGCAGUAAGUAUGCCAUAUUAGUUACUAAACAAGGGGAAGUGUUCAGCUGGGGUGAAGAGACAGGAGGCCGUUUGGGUCAUGGAUUGGUGGCUGAUCUUCCCUAUCCCAAGCUUAUUGAUAGCCUUAGUGGUAUGAACAUUGAAAUGGUUGCUUGUGGGGAGCAUCAUACCUGUGCCGUUACACUUUCUGGUGAUCUGUACAGUUGGGGUGAUGGCACUCAUAACUGUGGGUUGCUUGGGCAUGGAAGUGAAGUCAGUCACUGGAUUCCUAAGAAAGUUAGAGGCUCUAUUGAGGGCUUACACGUUUCAUAUGUCUCUUGUGGGCCCUGGCAUACAGCUCUAAUAACAUCUGUUGGGCAACUUUUUACAUUUGGGGAUGGAACAUUUGGUGCAUUAGGCCAUGGUGAUCAUCAUAGCUCCAAUAUUCCCAGGGAAGUUGAAUCCUUGAAAGGAGUUCGGACUCUGAAGGUUGCUUGUGGUGUUUGGCACACAACUGCAGUUGUUGAAACUGGUGUCACUUCCAAGUCUGAACCGUCUGAGGGCUCUGUGUCUGGUAAACUAUUCACCUGGGGGAGUGGGGAUGAAGGACAGCUUGGGCACUCUGAUAAAAAACAUAGACUAGUCCCUGUAAGUGUAGCUGCAUUAGAUGAUUUAAGUUUUUCCCAGGUAGCCUGUGGACAAAAUUUAACUGUUGCUUUGACAACUGCUGGGAAAGUAUAUACAAUGGGAAGUUUAGUGCAUGGACAGUUAGGGAAUCCUUUGGCUGAUGGAAAAACUCCCACUUGUGUUGGAGGAAUAAUUGCUGAUAGUUUCAUAGAGGAGAUUAGCUGUGGUUCACAUCAUGUUGCGGUUUUGACAUCGAAAAUGGAAGUCUAUACCUGGGGAAAAGGUUCAAAUGGACAACUGGGCCAUGGAGACAAUGAUGACAGAAAUACACCAGUUGUUGUUGAAUUUUUGAAAGAUAAACAAGUAAAAACUGUAGUAUGUGGAGCAAACUUUACUGCUGCUAUCUGUAUGCAUAAAUGGAUAUCUUCUGCUGAUAAUUCUGUUUGCUCUAGCUGUCGCAAUGCUUUCAAUUUCAGAAGAAAGCGUCACAAUUGUUACAACUGUGGACUUGUCUUUUGCAAAGCAUGCAGCAGUAGGAAGUCCCUAAAAGCUUCUUUAGCCCCGAGUGCGAGCAAGCCGCAUCGUGUCUGUGAUGAUUGUUAUACUAAGUUGCAGAAAUCUUUUACCUCUAUAUCUGCACCUCGAAUUGCUAGUGUUAAAAGUGCAAAUGUACUCUACAAGGCCCUGGACUUAACAGAAAAGGAGACCAAAAAUCCUCGACUACCAGAAAACAUGUCCAAACUCUCUCCUUCUAAUUCAUUCAAUGUGCCCGAGGCUAGCAGUAUUAAGAGUAGCAGUAGAGCAGAAUUAAAUGGUAGCAAUCUGAUCCUUUUUCCAAAUGGAGAUGAUCAACGGGGGGGCAUUUCAUUCAAAUCCCCAACUGGUCCGACGGGAACCUCUAAGUUCCUCUCCUUAUCUAUUCCUAAUUCCAGAAUGGUUUCUCGAUCAACCUCUCCUGUUCAAGGUAAAACAAGACCACUGCAGCCUGCAACACCUACACCGGCAAUAGAUGUCAAUGGAGAUGGAUCAAUUGUUGGUGAUUCAAAGCAUAACAAUGCUGCUUUACAUGAGGAGAUAAAGUGUUUAAGGGCACAGGUGGAAGAACUUGCAAGCAAAUCACAAUUCCUUGAGGUUGAGCUAGAGAAAAAAUCAAGGCAACUAAAGGAGGCUACAGCACAAGCAGCAGAUGAAGCUGAGAAAAACAGAGCUGCAAAACAAGUAAUCAAGUCACUAUCUGCCCAGUUGAAAGAGAUGGCUGAAAGAUUGCCUGGGGGUCCUCCUGCCAGGAGCAAUUCGCAUUCUGAUUCAGAACAAAUAUCUAAUGAUCCUAGCUGCCCUUCUAGUUGGAGGAGAGCAACUAGCCUAGCCCCACUUAGAAUCGAGUCCAGUGCCACCUCAACUAGUUCAGUGCAGGCAAAUGAAGCCAAGACUCAGCUGCAGAAGCCAGAGAGGGUGAUAAAAGAUGAACCAGGCGUGUAUAUGACUAUCUGUUCCUCUCCAACGGGUGGGAAUGAACUCAGACGGGUUCGUUUCAGUCGGAAAUAUUUCAGUGAGCAGCAGGCAGAGAAGUGGUGGGCAGAAAAUGGAAGAAAAGUACUUGAGCGCCACAAUAUCCGAGCCCCAAUUUAACCUGUAGCUGCUAUCUCGUCAAUUUCACUGUAUAAAAAGGGUGUUUUGACCAUCAAGUACAGUAACCAUCUUUGAAUGCUGAACCCGGAACUCCUUGUUCUUCUGCCUUUUUUUUUUGUUAACGUGUAAAGUUGAUAUCCUGGCUUUUCCAUAUCCACAUAAGAGCGGGAUGGGGAAGAAUACAAGCAUGACUAAAACACGAAGACUCAGUUAGCACCUAUGACAUGUAAAUGUAUCAUUCAUCUAUAGCUGUAUUAUGUUUCUCCUUUUAUUAGAAAUCUUAGCUAGUGCAUUUUGUACCAUGUUCGGAAAAGAGGACAAUUUUAGACGAGCUUGUUUUCCAAAUCUUCUUUGCUU